AUGCAGCGUCAUGAACCUAGACGAGGCCUGAUUACUACAAAUCUGACAGUGCCUACAUCGCAACAAGUCUGCAUCGGUACUAGCGUCUCUAUAGUACUCAAGGAAGAUCAAUCCACGGGGCGCCAAGUACAGGGACUAGUGAAAGAGAUACUUACGCGAAGAGAUCAUCCAAGGGGUAUCAAGGUGCGAUUGCAGGAUGGAAGAGUCGGUCGGGUGCAGGUUAUAAUGAUUAAACCAGCCAGAGACUCGCUGGCAGGAACAGUAGACGAAUCCCCCAAAAAUCUUGACUUUAAUUCGAUUUCAACAGUAAACCGAGCAAGGCCCCGACGAUCACAGGUGUCAGAUUUUCGGAUUGAUGGGUUCGAUGAACCAAGGCAUGUUACCGCAAGCCUAGAUGACUACAUGGUCGUGAAGAAGAAGGGAAAACAGAAAAAACCAAGACAGAAUAGCAGCCGUUGUGAAGAUCAAGAACAUGGAAGUAGUAAAGAAGCUCAGUAUACACCAGGAGACGAAGCACCUUCCUGCCCAGUAUGCGGGAAUUUUAAUGGAGAUGAUGCAGCUCUGAUGCAUCAUGUCAAUAGCCAUUUUGAAGAUAUGGACAGCUGA